GGAAGUGUCAACAACUGUCAAAAGCCCCCCAUAAGGUGCACCCGGGAUAAGAGAAGGCUGGGGAACCCAGCCCGGUAUUUCUACCAUAACUUGGGACGAGCCGCGAGUCGCGACAAUUUUUCUUCAACCUCUGGCGAAGCUACGGAAGGAUCCUCAAACUGUUUCUUGGGUGCGGCAUAGGCGAGAAAGGUUGUCCCCUAACUUGAGACUUUGCCGGUGUUGGGUUCACACAUUUCCAGGCGGAAAACUAACUUGGUGCGCAGAUGGGGUCUACUUAUCGCCUCGAACAGAUGCUUCCCCAAAACUACGCCCUCGCUGGAAGAGCACGACUUGGGAUCCUGCUCAUUCUCGCCCUCGCCUGUAAUGCCGAAGCAGCCGCAGGAGAUUCCCCGAUAUCAUCGUCCUCCGAUGUUUGGGCCACACUCGUGGCGAACAUCGCCCCACUGCUGGUCCUAGUUGGCGAGAAGCACGUAAAGGCAUAUUUCAAAAAUAUGUGUCGGCCAUCACAUCACUUGCUCUUCGCCUCUGCGCCCAUAGGGCUUGUCACCGCCGUAACUACUUUGAUCCGGCUGAACGGCACGCCGGUGCUCAAGCGGAUGAUUGGUCGGCAAUUUGAGACAAGGUCAGAAGUUCUCGCCGAUGUGACUUCCGUCUCUGGGGGUGAGGUUGGAUUGGAGCUGCGGAAUAUGAACCUGGAACAGACUAUCCAACCAACCGAUGAGGAUCUGGCCAUGUUCUGGGUGCACGGGAGAACGGAAGGAUCGCCGGAAGAGGUUGCAAACACUUUUUCGGGUUGGAUUGGGACUCUCAUGGGAAUUGGCUAUGCGACGGCCAACUCUGCCUCUUUAUAUUACGAUAGAAGGUGCUCAUGGGAGAUGAUAAUGUCCUUUAAAGCCACGGGCACCUGUGCGCCCUGGGUUGCCAGGCAACGUGUAGCAGAAUCACGUAACUUGUCAGAGCUCUUGGACCAGUGCGAGAAGAAGAUUGCUGCGGAAAAAAACUCUGGGGGCAUAGCGACAUGCACGGCGUCGGCAGCAGUGUAUGCUAGAUUCACUGACGUUUCUUUGGGCUUGACGGCUAGUAUCAACCUUGACGACGGAAUAUUGGAGAUGAUGAGGUACACGGUUAUUGCGUUCUGCUUGAUGGGGAAUGUCGGAAUAAUUCUUGCGUCCUGGUUCCGGGGCCGUGAUCCAAGAGAUGUAGGACUUGUGGGUGCGGGGCUUUUUGUUUCCUGCGCUGGCUCUUGGCUCACUGCGUGGCUUGUUGAUGAAGCGUCGGAGGAAACGGUUCUUGAUAUGUCCCAGUUGUCAGCUGUUGCCUCAGGCUUUUUUUCGGAUAGGAUUCCAGAGGGAACUGAGCUCAGUUUCUGCCCUAAGAAGAUUGGAAUCUCAACCGAUGCUCGCCCCGGGACAAGGCCAAAUGUGGCCAAACUAAGAGGAUGGAUGUCUACAGUAGCUGUCGUCUUAAUGGUGCUGGCGUAUACUGGGUUAUACCUGGGAUUACGAUCUUCUGAUUGGUGGGUCUCACUUGCCAUGCUCGGGAACGCAGCUAUUGCCGGAAUAGCCAGGUCUAUCCUUCUACCUACAGCCCUGUACCUAGAUUCACCGGGUCUCCGUUCACCAAACCCGAUGACUUGCGGUAUUGGGUAUCCCACGGUUCGAGACGAUUUGUCUCAUCCAGACAAAAGCAACAACAGUUCCCUGGAUAUAAAGGCUGGCUCUGUGCCGGGCCAGAGCCAGAGGGUUCUCUCAGAACCACUUGAUGUCGGGCUGUACGAGACCAUAGCCCGCGAAUAUCGUUACAAGGGUGGGUCCAGAGCCUACGACAACCUACACCCGUAUAUAUGGACAGCUCUCGCGUUGGCCACCGAGAUGAGCAAACGGGGAAUCGCACCGCUGGAAAUGCGAGACUUCCCCCCACGGAGCGCCGGGGUCGCCAGCGCACCAGAAGCUUCAUGCAUAUUUUCCGACAUCAUCACACGAAAAGGGGUAUGGCGCCAACCCCUAGAAGUUAUACUCCAUUCCGGCGGCCAAGAUGUGCCCGAAAGAAUAUUGGCCGCUUUCUGGGGCUGGUACUGGCGGGCAUCCGUUCAUCAGGCGCAAAAGGUGGCCAGCAUUCAGCUUCCACCAGAUUUGGCGAACCGCUUCAUUGACCUAGGCGACGACGACGAAGCGAAAUUUGAUACCCCGACUGACAAAUUGAAAACGGUUUUGAGCUCCUCCACGACUCCUAGGGAAAUUUUGUGGAUGGGAGCGAAGCUGUGCUAUGCCUCUUGCCAUAAUUGGGAUUCGAGCGCGUUCGAGGAGGCCGGGGUGACUUGGUUUGGUGGGGUUUCGCCUCAGUAUUUAAGGCAGGGGCAGAUAUUGUCGUUUUUGGAUGCUAUUGUUGCAGCAGGACUCACAUGCCCACGCGCAUGAUAAAUAGCCUACCUUUUCGUGGAUGUGGGAUGUGAGGGUAUUGCCAGUAGUCAGUGCUUUUCUCGAUAAAAUUUGUCAUUUCCCCUGCUUUUGGCCAUAGUUUAGAUUACUUGUACUACAGGGUAACUUGUAUAUAUCAAAAAUGAGCUGGGUCGGUUUCCUCCUUCUAGAGAAGGUUCCUGUUCGCCUUGAGUGACUUCAGGCACCUUUGAAGCGUCUUUGGUUUUUUUUUUUUUUUUUUGGAAGGAGCCUUGAAAUUUCGCCUAACUUAGUUCAUCACAAGCCUAGGCAAUAAAUAACUACCGUUAUUCUUGUUC